ACAAAGUAAACACACUGACCGACAGGUACUUCCAUCGAAUUGGUGGACACAAUAAAUGUUUUAUCCGAAAUCGCCGUUUUUGGGCAAGGGAUUGCAGCUGGAAAAUGAAAUCCUAAAAGUGCACACUGCCGCUUUGCCGCAAUUGCUAUCGUGGCUUUGCCAAACUCCAAGGAUCACAACCUAUCGUGUUAAUACUCUGCGCACCAGUGUCAUCGAUUACAAAGCCAAACUCCAGGAGCAAUUGAAGCAACGCUAUGGACAUCAAGCACCGCGCGUUUAUGGACUCCAUGAGUUGCCGGAAAUGCUUUGCAUUGCACCACUUGACGCCCCAGCGGACGCACAAUAUGACGAUGCCCUCCGGCAGCUGAUUGUGGAUACCAGCUGCGGAGCAGCCUUGUUGCGCGGCGCUCAUAUCUUUGCACCCGGCGUCCUGGCCAUGGAGACAGGCACCCAGCUGCAAGAGCUGGUCAACGUGUUUGCGGACUUAGCUGGCAAGUGUAAGCGGGGCACUGCGACGCGCUAUGUCAGCGAUGAGAAAAUCUUUCUUGGCGUGGGUCGUGUGCUCAUGCAACGUCAUCAACUGUACAACAACAACAAGGAGUCGGCCUCUGGGAUUGCCGUGCACAUGGAGACGAAUGUAAGUGGCGUACCCACACUUGGAGAUCUCAGUGAUGCGGAUGCCCUACUCCAGAACUUGCCGUCCAUUGUGUGCGUGCGUGUGCUUGGACCACAGCCUGGGGAAUCCGUGUUGGACAUGUGUGCAGCACCGGGCAACAAAACCACGCACAUUGCCGAGCUGAUGGGCGAUGUAGGUCGCGUUGUGGCGUUGGAUAACUCGGCGAGUCGUGUGCGUGGCAUGCAAUCCAAGCUAGCCAACUAUCGCUGUAUUGAAGCAUAUCAUUUCGAUGCCACCAAGGCAUUGAAUGAGCUUGGCGAGGAGUGCUCAACGGGACCGCCAUUUGCUGCUGAAAGUUUCGAUCGUAUUCUGUUGGAUGCGCCAUGCAGCGGAUUGGGCAAUCGACCGCAGCUCAGCUGCAGCAUCAAGCAGGCCAAAGUGCUCCAAUCCUAUCCGCAUGUGCAGCGCAAUCUGCUGGCGCAGGCAGUGUCACUAUUGCGUCCUGGCGGCGUGCUCGUCUACAGCACUUGCACCGUCACCGAGGCGGAGUGCGAGCAACUGGUGGCGUGGGCGUUACGCAAAUUUCCACAGAUACGUUUGGUGGAUGCGCAGCCCAAGUUGGGUGCACCGGGUUUGCAACUGGCGGAACUGGAUGAUGACCAAUGUCAGAUGUUGCAGCGCUUUGGUCCAAGCGCAGAGAAUCGUUCGGACGACUUGGACACGGUGGGAUUCUUUAUAGCCAAGUUUGAAAAAGCAAAAAACUGACACAAAUAUUCAAUAAAUAUUAUAAACACCAAUUUGUUAUGGAAUUCCUUGAGC